AAAAUGACAUAACAUAUACUAAAUCGAUUAUAUAUGUGGUGCCUACUACUAUAUAGACAUUCUGAUGUUGUAAGUCAAGAAUGCAGUUUGUUCAACAAAUUUUUACAUGCUUUAAAAUAAAAAAAAUUAUAUUUUAUACUUAUUUGGUGAAUUAAAAGUACAAUUUAAUUAUAUUAUGGAAACAAUUAUUAAAUUAAAAAAUAAUCUGUUUUUAAAAAAUGUUAUCGACCUCGGUUGACGGUCAAUUAUUUUUCUCUCAUUGUUUGCAUCAAAUUUUUAAAAAGUUCACAUAAGAACACACAAUUUCAAAAAAAAAAAAAAAACUUUUAGAAUUUAAUGCCUAAUCAAAAGCGUUAAUGUUAUAACGAUAUGUUGGAAUUGUAUGGGUCACCCACUGUAGGUAACAAAUUCUAAUAUUGAAAAAAAAUAAAAAAUAAAUAUAAUGAAAGCAAAACAAAAAACAAAAUGCACUAAAAAGACAAACGAAAAAAAGGAAAUUACAGUGUCCACAUAAAGUAAUUUUGCAGUAUUAUGUUCCGUAAUGACGUAAUUAUUCAUAAUAAUUUAUGGAAUGAUUUUGCAAAGCGCAACGACCUAAAGAGUUUGUAAUGAUAGAUUUUAUGAUUCUUUUAGUACAUAUAUUAUAUAUGUAUAAUGUAACUCUUGGAACAAUGUAGUUUUCUGUUGUAACGAUCAUGAAAAGAAUCGUUUUUCAUUUUAUUUUAUUAAAUAUGGUCGUUACCAACAGUUCCCCAAAAUUUAAAUGGUCCCGCGGUAUAUGCAAAAAUAAUCCGCCAGACGGCGUAAGUCAACCGCAUUUCGAGCAGACGAAAAAACCACGUUUUUGUCGUCGCCAAAAAAAGGACCAGAGCGAAGCGAUCCGUCGCACGAAACACAUAUUAUAUCGCGGUUUAUAAUUUAACUCUUUAGUUUGUGUAUUGUAGAGAUUGGACUAUUUCAAAAUUAAUAAAUAUAUAUUCUGUUUAAUUAAUAUUGUGGCUUAGUUGUGUGCAUUCUCUUGGAUAAUUUCCAUACCACGGAUAGCAGGUCAAUUUGUCUAUUCAACUACAACAAUAGCGUCAUUUCUUGAUCGGUUAACAUGUCGACUCCAUGCAGUUCGUACGCCGGCAGCAUCAACAACACGGACAUACCAAUCCUGUGCCUGAAUGAUGUUUCAGAUCCUUCCCAAAGAGGGGAUACACCACUAGACAUUUCGGUGGAAACCUCUGGCCUGGUAGCCUUGAGGCGUGAACAUUUCGAGGGGCUACUUUCAAAACAGCAAGCCCUAAUGAAAACAGUCGCAGAACAAAGUGAUACAAUCCGUUCGUUACGCCGUCAGGUCGACGCGGGUAAGGCAACACAGAGUCGAGACAAUACAUCGAGCGAUAUUACUGACUUAUAUCGCAAGCUGCUCGAUUCCGUACAAAGGGAGCGCGAAUUAUCUAACUCCCUAGUUGCAGCCCAGAAGGAGUUGGCCGAAUACAAGGUAGAGAACAAAUCAAUGAAGGCGGACCUUGAGUCGUACGAUUACGACUACAAAAGUCUAUCCAACGAUUAUACCGCGGUCGAAAUACUGAAUAAGAGAUUCAAAGAGCUCUUUUCCAAAAAGAUGUCGGAAGUCUUCCUUGCCCAGGCGGAACUACGGGAGCCGAGACUACGCCCGAAAGCAUCCGAGGGGUGCCUAAACUGCGGUCAACAGGGUCACAGUUUCAGAUUGUGCAAGCAGCCGUACACAGGGAAGUACUGCCAAAAGUGCGCCAUCGAAGGGUUCUCCACGGCAGACUGCCCAUGGCCCCAUUAUGCCAUGGUCAGAUACCAGGUUCCGGAAAGUAACCGAUGCAAGCAUUGCUGGAGACCGCGAAACUUGCCUGACGUCAAUUGUUACGAGUGUAGAAGACGUUUAAUCUCUUCUAACACCUUCGCGCGGAAUAAGACUGCCCAGGAAUUGGAGAGCAGACCAGUCCCAAAAGCUCAUAACAAUCCACAACCAUCCAGUAGCCAAGGUGCCAUAAAAAAACAGAAAGCGCUACCAGCUCCAUCCAAAGGACCUCUUUCCAUAGAAACCGCGGUUGUAAAACUGCCAGAUAAAUCGGACGCUGUAACUGUCAGCGAAACGCUCAAGGCCGAGGUCCGUACUAAAGAGACCUCAGAGGAAUCCCCAAGGUCAGCCCUAUCCCCAUUCGACUCCGACAACGACAACGCGGAAUAUUGGGAAACACUCACCGAAGUGAUUCAUCUUGGGAUCAAGAAGGAAAAAAAAAAUGAUCUGUGAUCCGCGGUCUGUUCAUUCGUCGAACUCAAAAAAAAAAAAACACUUUUCUAUAUUUUGUUUAAAAUUUUUCAAAUUUAUCUUCGCGCCGUUGCGCUGUUCAUCAUUUCAUUUCUAUAUGCUAAUUGUUAUAUUUCCGCGCCGUUGCGCUAUUCAAUUAUCUACCUCAAUGUUAGACACUAUAUUUCUGCGCCGUUGCGCUACGAAGAACCUUUUCUAUUUUUAAUUUACUUUUUAUGUUUUGAAUAUUAUUGACAAACAGUUAAAAAAAAAAAAAAAAAAAAAAAAAAAAAUUUUUUUUUCUUAUUCGUUCUAGUGUAUACUACUUAAACAAGUAACUAGUUAGACCAAAGAAAGUCUAUAUUUUUCUACUGUUUUGUAUAAAUAAAAUAAUUAAAAUGAGAUCUUCUGCCUCUGACUUUUAUAUCCUUCUUUCAGGCGUUAUAUUACACACACAACUAAGCUUCUCUAGUAACUGAUUAGUCGCGUACAAGCAGCUAUGAGCGAUUCCCGUUAUUUCUAUUAUUUUCACUUGUUUUUAUUACUAAUGUUUAACAAUGUUUCAAAUUACCAUUUUUCAUUUCAUACAGGCAAGUGGGUAUGAGACGAGAUCGUCAUCUACUAGAGAUGAUCGGCUGAACAGUUGAACUGUUAGUAACGACAAUUUAGAAGGGGGGAGUUGUAACGAUCAUGAAAAGAAUCGUUUUUCAUUUUAUUUUAUUAAAUAUGGUCGUUACCAACAGUUCCCCAAAAUUUAAAUGGUCCCGCGGUAUAUGCAAAAAUAAUCCGCCAGACGGCGUAAGUCAACCGCAUUUCGAGCAGACGAAAAAA